AUGGAAGGUGCAGAAGAGAAGAAGGUUCCUGCUGUGCCAGAAACCCUCAAGAAAAAGCGAAGGAAUUUCGCAGAGCUGAAGAUCAAGCGCCUGAGAAAGAAGUUUGCCCAAAAGAUGCUUCGAAAGGCAAGAAGGAAACUCAUCUAUGAGAAAGCGAAGCACUAUCACAAGAAGUACAGGCAGAUGAACAGGACGGAGGUUCGAUUGGCUAGGAUGCCAAGAAAAGCCGGCAACUUCUACGUACCUACCGAACCCAAAUUGGCAUUUGUCAUCAGGAUCAGAGGUAUCAAUGGUGUGAGCCCAAAGGUCUGA